UAUUAUCCUUGCUCUGAUUCUUAUUCUAUAAAUAUCCUUUUUAGAACCUAAGAAUCAAGCAAGCAAUAAUCAGAUCAAAACUUAGAAAUUUAAGGAUAGGGAUGUAGAAAAUAAAUUAAUUUCUUUAAAGGUCCAUAGUACCAUAAAGUCUAUAUUUAUUGCAUAGUUCUUCAUUUCAAACUGAUGAUUAUAUUGAUUAUAGAAGUAGACCUUGAG